AUGGGCCGUCCUGACGAUCCUCGCACCGGCUCACCAACCGAAGAUCUAUAUCACUGUCAGCUAUCAGUCAGAUCGGAAAGGGUUGUCUGUUCAUGCCCAUUUGCAGGCGAACAUUGGACUCUUAGGCUCAAGCUAUGCGGGAGUCAGGGCAGUAUCCACGCCUUCAUUGUCCAAACUGCCGGAACAUGCAAUGGAAUGACCAAACUCUGCUCAGAGCUCUUUGAUCCGAGAGCUCUGACAACAUCAUCAAAGGCUAUGAUCCUUCCUAAGACUCGUCACCUCCAUCCCAACGGCGUCUUCCAGCCGUACCAAUCACCAUCACGGCCCUCGCAGACUUUGGAGAAUUUGGGGAACGAAGCCGGACCACCUACUUCUGACUCGAGACCUUUGUCCGAAGCUGGGGUCGAAGGAGACCAUCGAUUCGUGACUCCGCUCAACGUCCCCUCUCUCCCCACACUCCUCCGCGCAUCCACUACUUUCUGCAGGUCUUGA